AUGUCACAUAUCCAGCAGGCGGUCGAUAUUGCCAAUUCUUCUACCGCUGGAAAUGAUUUGAAGAAACAAGCACUUGAUUUUUUACAGCAGCUGAAGAGUUCUGAAGAUGCUGUACAGGUGUUUUCACAGUACUUGCAGGAUCCAGUGGCUAGUGAUGUGGGCAGGUUUUUCGCAUUGCAAGUUUUGAGCGAGCAGGCGUUGGAGCUGCCGGCAAAUCAUGAGAAAUUGUAUGCGUUGCAGCAAAGUGCGUUGCAGUUUCUGCGAACACAACUUGAGAACAGCAGUAGUGAUGGAGCCAGGGUUUCAGGAGUAGGUCAAGGUUCUAAGGGAGUGAAAAGUACGCCGCCAGAAUUUGUACGUAAUAAGGUGGCAGAGUUGUUUGCUCAUUUGUUUUAUAACAUGUACGGAGAGGUUAAUAAUAAUAUGUGGUCGAGUUUCUUUGUGGAUUUAAUUCAACUAGUUGGAAUAGCAUCGUUAAGGGAUUCUAAGAGUACCGGUGUUGAGUUCAAUGCGAUUGGAUUGGAUCUUUUCUUUAGAAUAUGUGCAUCUAUCAAUACGGAGAUCGGUGAUCAAGCAUUUGUCAGAUCGAAAGAGGUGCAACUCAAGAAUAACGAGUUGAAGGACUAUAUGCGUGUUCAGGAUGUGGAGUUGUUGAGUAAUAUUUGGUUUUCUGCACUUUUGAAUUGUCAACAGUUGCCCGUACUAGCGUCAUUAGUGCUUCAGUGUGUUGGAUCGUACAUUUCUUGGAUCGAUAUCAACCUCAUAGUUCAACAGUCAUACAUCGGUACUAUCUAUGAAUAUUUGAAAUUCCCACAAACGAAGCUUGCAUGCGGGCAAUGUCUCUGUGAAAUCAUCUCGAAGAAGAUGAAACCUGCGGACAAGUUGCAAUUGCUAAGCAUGCUCAACUUGACCGAUAGAGUAGUGGCGACAGGUUCCGCUGAAGACCUUGACGUUUUGGAACAGAUGGCAAAAUUGACCAAUGGUGUUGCUCUUGAGUUAUCCAUGGUUAUGGAUCAAUGUAAUGACUCACAAGAGUUACAGUCAGUUUCAUCUGCGGCAGAUGAACAAAUCAUUAACGUUGUGUCACCACUGGUCUUGAAAUUUAUGGCCCAUGAAUACGAUUCUGUCACUCAACAGUGUUUCUCAUUCGUUACCAACUAUCUAGCUGUUAUGAAAAAGCUUUUCGCUCUCGGUGGGAAACCGGGUAGUGCCGUUGCAGUGAAUUCGAAGAGAAUCCCUAUUGAUCCAGCUCAUUUGAAUUUCCUCAAAUCGCUAGGUACCGUAUGUGUGCUGAAAAUGAAGAUUGACGAUUCAUGUGAUAGCAUUGACGAUAACGAAGAGAUUGAUGAAUUUGUUGAAAAUAUACGAUCAAAGCUAAAGACUUUCCAGGAUUCCAUCGCAGUGAUCAAUCCAGAAUUAUACUUUGACAUUAUCUCCGAUAAUAUUGAACAGUCAAUUACCGAACAGCAGGAUUGGAGAGUGUUGGAAUUAGCUAUUUACCAGCUUCACAAUUUCGCCGAAUCCAUAAGAAAUAACCUUUUCGGAGUCAAUAAGACAGAAAUAUCCACCUCGAAACCUGCUCAAUUAAUGGAAAAGUAUAUGACAACAUUGUUGAAUCAUCCAACGUUAUUCCAGAUGAACAACCCAUUAGUUCAGAUCUCAUUCUUUGAACUUGUUGUAAGACAUAAUAACUUCAUUCAAGUAGAAAACAAAGACUUAACUUUGCUUAAUAUCUUUUGUACUCCUUUCAGUAUGUUCAGUGGUAACGAACGUGUCAGGUUGAGAACAUGGUAUUUAUUUACAAGGUUGAUCAAAACCUCAAAGCCAAAAUUAUCCACCGAUUUUUUGUCAAUGCUUUUGUCCAAAAUUUCUCCACUUCUUUCCAUAAAGGCAAGUCCUUUGGCACAAGAACUGGAUACUAUUUUCGAUAGCCAACUGUACCUUUUCGAGGGAACUGGUGUACUAAUUGGAGCUAACGUUAACAAUGAGUAUGAAAUUCUAGAUGGUGUUUUAACACCUUUAUUCGCGGAUCUCGAACAAUGUAUUUCGGCUCAGGUGAAAAACCCACAAGUUGUAUUGCAAACUCAUCAUAUUUUAAUGGCUAUCGGUACUGUGGCUCGUGGUGUACAUAGCGGACUAGUUCCUGAUAAUCAAGUCAAUAAUGCCAAGGUCAGUGAGAGAGUUAUUUGUAAGAGCUUGAUUGAGAAAUUUUCCAAUAUUGCCGAGGUCAUCUUGGUUACGUUUUCUUAUUUUAACAAAUUUGAAACCAUAAGAGAUGCAGCCAGAUUCUCUUUCUCUAGAUUAAUCCCUAUCCUAAACAAUCAAAUCAUACCAUUUGCAAGCAGAUUGAUCUCAAUCUUUUUAAACUCCGAUUUGAAACCUUUGGAAAUGGGUGAUUUCAUAGGAUUUUUGGGUCAGAUGAUUCACAUGUUUAAAGAUGACGAUAACUGUUAUCAGCUUUUCAAUAAUUUGUUCACCCCUGUUGUGGAGAAAGUUUUCACUUUGGAAACACAAUUGGAACAAGAAUCAUCUACAUCCUCAGAAUCCAAAUCCUCUAACGGUAAGAAUGUCAUUGUAACGGAUUCCUUCAGAGAAAAGAUCAAUUUGAAAAAAUCGUACUAUGGAUUGUUGGCUACUUUUGUCUCAAAUAACUGUACUUCUCUUCUACUCACAGAGAGCAAUAAAAACAUAUUACCAAGGGUGCUCACCGAUUUGUUAAGCUACACUGCAGAAGAAAUUCACGAGACGUCUACCAUGAAACUGUCAAUUAACGUCCUUGUCAAUUUCAUCAACUUUUUCGGUACUGGCAUCUGCACGGACCCAAAGGAUAGAAACGCUAUCAACGUAAACAAACUCGAUGGGUUAAACGAGUUUUUCAUUACCACCAGUAUCCCGCUACUAUUUGAAAUUCCCUUCAAACCUGAAUACGAAUUCAAUAUCCAAGAUGGUGGCUGCAGAGUUAUCGCAUGUGAUCUCUCCAGAUUACUCAAAGCUCUCUACAACAUCAAUAAUUCUUCAACCAAUAAUAAUAUCAACGAAAAUGCAUGCGUCAAAUAUUUGACCGAAAUCUACUUCCCCCAAAUUCAGUUCCCACAAUCAUUAGUUGUUGAAUUCAUCAAUGCCUUAGGAACUUUGGAUGCAAAACAAUUCGAAAAGUAUUUUGUACAGUUCAUUACAAACAUGAAGCAAUAA